AUCCUAUUUUUCCCCGGUUCCGGCCCCGACGCUCACUCUUUCUCUCUCUCUGUCUCUCUCUCAAGCGUUCACUCUAUUCUCUGUGAUUCCCGCUCGCCGCCGUGCCCAGGUCCACGCCGUCCAUCUCGAUUCGUGCAGCGCUGCUCUCCACAGUUCCGACCUCCGGCACCGUGAAGCACCGCCGCACCGAGCCCUUGUAUCCCCAGCCCACAGUCUCUCUUCCUUCUCUCGUCCGCACCUUCUCUCACUGUGGAACGUCCAGCGCCGCCACAUCUGUCUUUCCCAUCGCCGAUUGUAACGCCACGCCACGCCGGCUGACAGCGGUAGGUGCCAGCGUGCCGCCCCACGCCACCAAGAGCUUCCCGAACGUCAAUAGACAACGCCGCCACGCCCUCGAAUCUGAUUGACCGCCACUCCGAGUUGAAUCCAUUUCGAUAGUUGUAGAGCUUGACCAAAUUCCUUCGAUUCCCACUCCUCCUCUCUUCAGUAGAUUUCAAAUUAGAAACCUGAUUUACAUGUUAGCACUCGUCUCAGUUUUUGGGUCAGAUGGAAUCUCCUGGGGCAGAUUUCUCUCCUGAUACUCUUGCAUUCAUGGAACUUGCAUUGGAACAGGCAAAACUUGCUUUCGACAGCCUUGAAGUGCCUGUUGGCUGUGUGAUUGUUGAGGAUGGAAAGGUCAUUGCCUCAGGAAGAAAUCGAACUACUGAGACACGAAAUGCGUCAAGACAUGCAGAGAUGGAAGCUGUUGAUGUUCUUCUUGAGGACUGGCAGAAAAACGGACUUUCAAAGUUGGAGGUUGCUAAAAAACUUUCUAAGUGCCACCUUUAUGUGACCUGUGAGCCGUGCAUAAUGUGUGCAGCUGCUUUAUCAAUUCUUGGUGUAAAAGAAGUAUAUUAUGGCUGCACAAACGACAAGUUUGGAGGUUGUGGAUCAAUAUUGUCUUUGCAUCUUGGUUGCUCUGAGCUGCUUAAAAGCGGUGGCAUUCCGCAAGGAAAGGGUUUCAAAUGUAUUAGAGGAAUCAUGGCAUCAGAAGCAGUAUCCCUUUUGCGAACUUUCUAUGAACAAGGGAACCCUAAUGGCACAGCCUUUCCCAAUACCAUUAGACAUUGCACACAAUUCCUCAGCGUGCGCCAAAGCCUCACAGGCCUCUGACUCAUCAGGCAACGCAUUGAAUAUGCACACAUGUAAGUUGGCUCACCAACAAUUGCUGGCAGAUUCUCCCUAUCCAUUUUCGGACCUUGGCCAAGCACUUGAGCUAUGAGUCCAAAUCCCAUUUUGGUGCUUUAUUGCAAAAGCUAGAGCCUGCUGAUUUGAGGAUGUUCGAAAUACUCAGCAAAGUAUGAUUGCGGUGUAAUCUGAAGUUGAGUUAUUACAGCAGCAGGGCUGGGCCGCCAGCCAAAGUUUCGCAUCAAAGCGUGAAGUGAAAUAUGAUGGCAAGGACAUGUCCGCCAUGUUUGGUGACAAUGCGUUGGCACUUAGAAAACACAACAUAUAUAUUUUCCUACUUGCAUAGACGUUUAUUCGUUGAGUCUUACUUCCGAAAGGAAGUUCCAUAUUUUGGAAUUAUUUUAGAGACUUGUCUGUUUUACGGGUAUGUUAUAAAUGUUACGUUUCAUCGUUAACCCUGUCAUCCUUAGUUACACGUGGUUAUUUAUUUCAUCACUCGAAUGGCUGGCUCAUUGAAUUCAAUAUGCCUGUGCUGAUGGUUUACAUUUAA